AUGUUUAAUUUACUCCAUGUUCACAACAAGAAAAACUACAAAGUCAAAGGCAUCAAUAGAUUUUUUGGAAGGUGCGUGGUGAGAGGCCUUGUGGAGCGCGAAGGUGCUGCUAUCGCUUCCAGUGGGGCUGGCAUGACCACUGUGGGCUCGGCAAAUGAAGCUCCUGAAAUUCCAGACAACGUGGGAGACUGGCUUCGGGGAGUCUACCGCUUUGCCACGGAUAGAAAUGACUUCCAGAGGAACUUGAUCCUUAAUUUGGGACUCUUUGCUGCCGGAGUUUGGCUGGCCAGGAAUUUGAGUGACAUUGACUUAAUGGCACCUCAGCCUGGGGUGUAG